GAGAGAGCAGCCGCGUGAGAUAUUUUAUUAUAUUUGGUAAAAAGUAAAUAAGAAGGGUGUCUGCAAAUGGCGGGUACAAUGCAUGACUCUGUAUAAUCAAAAGUUAAUUUUAUAGGGUAUCUUCUAGUUGGGCCACGUUAGCGAUUUUAUGUGUUUCCGAUUGUGGCUAUCCAUAAGCAAAAUACGGACAAUGCGGCAUAUGCUGAGGUCAACGCUUUCUGUUACGUUGUUUUUAACGAUCUUGACGCUAUUGUGUGACUUGGUAAAAGAGUGGAUGUGAGCGGGAACACAGUUAUUAUUAAUUCUUAAGUUUUGCCAUGUGGCACCAUCGAACUAUGUACAUAUGUAAUGUGGAAGAGAGUCUCUUCAUAAUGGAAAACAGUUGAAAAGCAGCACGGGUACGGGUAUUCUAAGGUGAUUCAUGGAGGCUAGAAUAUUUUGUACUACAAAGAACCUCACGGGUAGUCGUCUAAAGAUAUCUUGAAGGUCUCUUGAUAAAACGGUAUUCAAUUAGAGUAAAAUGAAAUGCAUGUCUGGUGGUAUUUUCGGGAAAUGUGUCGAAAUUAUCCGCAUAAAUAUAAUGGAGAAGCUUCUGGGCUCCCUUAGUUGAAGAACGUACCUGAAGACCACAAAAUGUCAAAAUAUUUAUCGUACUUCUGCGUAGUUUUGCUGUGUAGCGGCAAGUCCCAUGGAGAUCACUUUGAUGAAUGUGAUGGAAUGGCCAACGAAUCGUUUGUCCAGAGCUUAGAAAGCUGUCAGUCUUAUGUGUAUUGCAUGGGCGAGGACUCUUUAAAGGGUGACUGCGAUGAUGGUGAAUACUUUGAUGCCGAGUCAGGGGGAUGUGAUGAUGCCGCCAACGUGCAAUGCUUUUUGGAUGAAGUCGACGAGCCAGAGCAGGAGCCAGAAGAGGAAGAGUUUACACCAGCCACGGAAUCUCCAAGCGAUCCUGCAUCUACGGUGGAUCAGCCAAGCGAAGUGGAUAUCCUCAAUAUUGCGCCUGUAGUGAAGCCUAAUUGCCCAAUCAUCGACGAUCCCAGCCAGGUCAUAUUAAUGGCCAGCAACGAAUCAUGCACAAGUUAUUAUCUUUGCUAUCACGGACAUGCCAUGGAAAUGCACUGUAACAACAAGUUGUUCUUCAAUGCUCUCACCGGGCAAUGCGACCAUGUGGAUAACGUUCAGUGUGCGCUGGAAGAUCCACGGGUUCACAAAUGCCUGCCCCAUAUGACAGAGUUCUUUCCACACCCUGACAAAUGCAACUAUUUCUAUUAUUGCAUCAAGGGAUUUCUCACCAUUCAGCAGUGCCCCUUCUACUACGGCUGGGACAUCGAACGAAGGAGUUGUGUGCAGAUAAAUGUGGCGAAAUGCUUUGGAAACUCCCGUCGAGAAAAAAUAUAGACCGGAAACUCCAAACAGCCAGAAAAACUCAUUUCAGUUCAAUGGCGUUAUGUACACCUAGGAGAUAAGAGGGGAUAAUUAUUGAUAAGUUACAGCGUUGUCGAGACAAGAGUCGUUUAAUUAAAUAUAACUUAUUUCAAUUAUCUUGA